AUGAGAAUGAAGAAAAAGAAGUUGAUUGCUCCACCCGUUACGGAUUGAAGCUUCUUGCACGUUUUUGUUUUAUCGUUCACGGCAGUUUUUGUCGUUUUAAUCGUUCGCAGCAAUGAGUCGUUCUUUGGAGUCCCUUCAUCUCAAGCACACGAAUGUUUCGCAACCACGUUUGGAACGGACAUAUUCAGAACGCUCAUUCACAGCAUCAGAAGACUACUAUUCUCUGUCUUCUAGAUCAUCCAAUCGUUCAGACAGCAGAGCCUCACAAUCACGACCAUACCCAUUACCACGAACGCAUUCUCGCUCGAUUCGCAGAAUAGAAAGUCCUGCUUCUCCCGAUGAGACAUCGCGUCAAAGUUAUGAAGGCAUCGCUCGCCCAGUCCUCAUUCGCCAGGUAUCAAAGCCCGCAUCAAGACCCAUGAGGGGUGUUGGUGUAAGGAGGCGUGAUCUGGGUCCCACCGAGGUAUCUGUACCACCGAUUCCACCAAGAAGGGGAUCACCCAUCAAGAGAAAGCCAGUACCCAGCACAGUCUUCGAAAGCCCACCUCGUUUAGAGCCCAUCCGUAUCCCGCAAGCUGCCUUGAGUUCAGCUUCCAUGCAAAUUGCUCGUCAAUCCGAUCCGCCAACACCUGAAGCAGACACACCUUACGUCCGCUUCGCCAUCGAUCAAAUCACAAGAGAUGAAGAUAUUGCAGAAGGCAAGCCAUGGCUUGGUCCCGAGUUCGGACACGGCUACGAUGAAGGCCCGAUACCCUUGAACCAAGAAUAUCCCCCGAUACCUGAUGAUCCUUACGACGACAUCUCUCCCAUCCCGAUACCUCCACGAAGCCCAAGACGUAAAAGCAGCGCCAUACCAGCCCCGCAUCCUCUGCAGCAAACAGUCAGUCUGCUCACGCCAUUUGAGCCUUCAACGGAUUCUUUCUAUGCUCCUUUAAACGCUCUACCACCUAUCCUCCGCCCAUUACGUUUUGGCAUCUUCAUUGCUCUUUUGACCCUCUACUUGAUCGCUCUCGUCUUCACAGCAAUCUGGUCUCGCGUACGCACUGGACUAUGCAACUACGGAACCUUCGGAGACGGCACGUACUUCGUAUUCCAAUACCUACCUACCCUUUUGGGCAUGGUAUUACUGCUUUGGCUCUUCGAGAUUGAGAAAGCCGUUUACAGAAUUGCGCCCUUCAUUGCACUUGCUUCUAAGACCACUUCGAUUCGCGGUCAUGGAACUACCUUGCCCAUGUACCCGUCUGGGUUUAUCUUGCCUUCCUUGGUCCACUUGAGAGCAGGUCAGCGUGCAAUUGGUGCAUUCCUGAUCACCUCCUGGUUGACCCUGUUCACCAUCCCUCUGCUGGCCUCUUCAUUCAAUGUCUACUAUCGUGGUACUCCUGGUCGUUGGGUUUGGCUUGCCACACAAGGCACCAUCUGGACUGCAAUUGUACUGUAUAUCCUCUUGCUAGUCGCUUCUGUCGUUCUCUUGCUAUUCCUCCAUAGCAGACGAACUGGACUCAAGUGGGAUUCUCGCACCCUCGCUGAUUUGAUCGUUAUCACCGAGCGCAGCAACAUUCUCGACCACUUCGCUGACAUCGGCGUGGACGUUAACAAAUACGAACUUUGGGGCCAUAGCGCCGAGAGACAAGAUAGGCUGGGCUACUUCAACACGGCAUACAACCCCAAUGACGUUUUCCAUACACUGGGAGCACCGAACAGACCCGCAAGGCCCUACAGUGCAGACGAGAGCAUUCUCAACGAGAAGUUCGCCGCCCAGCCUACUGGCUACUCCAACAUCAACGAGCGACCCUACAGUUAUGGCUCGACUGGCACACACAAUACAACCGACCUUGUCUUGCAGCCCGACAACACUGAUAACUAUCUCCCUUGGUUCUUGCGUACCGGCUUCGCCUUUAUUUGGCUUGUCAUCGCUCUUCUUCUGCUUCUCGCAUUUUUGGUAGUAUCCUACCUUCCUGCGACCGCCGUCAGUGCUGGCUUCUUGCCCGACCUGCCUGAGACAGUCAACAGACUUGGUUUCUCUUCGUCAAAUUUCUUGUACUCAUUCGUACCAGCUUUGCUUGGACUUUUGUGUCUUCUCGUCUGGCAGCCCAUCGAUCUUGCCUUCCGUCGUCUCCAGCCUUACGCGUCAAUGUCUUCGGCUGGAGGCUGUCUUGCAGAGAAGAGUCUGCUGCUAUCAUAUCCUGCGGACGCUCCCUUCGUGGUCACUCUCAAGGCCGCCGUCAAUGGUCAUGUUCGUGUCGCCAUGAUCAGCAUCGUGACAAUCCUUGCCGCACUUCUUCCAGUCCUCGCUGGUGGCGUCUUCUGGAAUCAGUUCUACGUCGCCGAGCAACGUAUUCGCGUGAGCGCUCAAAUGUCGGCCUUUUACCCUCUGACUGUCUUCGUCGUCCUCUACGCUUUGGCAUACACUCUCGUAUUUGCAGGCCACAAGCGUGCACUGCCUAAUCGCGGCAUCACUCUCGCCGACAACAUCUCUCUGCUGCAUCAAAGCCGUCUGCUCAAUGAUGCAGCAUUCCAGGCACCCGCAACAAAGACCGCCCUGGUUACACGUCUUCUAUCAGCACCAGUCGGCGAGCGAAUCAGCAUUCACCAGAACACUGGACCCGAAGGUGGUGUCACAGGCAGCAAAGUUUCCAUUGCCGACUCGAUCCGCGGCCUCGGACGUGCCAGAGCAGAUGCCACGACCCCGGUCAAUAACUCAGGCGGUUCAGGUCUUCCCCACUACGGCUAUGGCAAAUACUAUGGUCGAGACGGCAAGCAGCACAUUGGCGUCGACCGUGUCGGCAGACCUGGUAUCCCUGACAUGGUCAUCAGGAUGUGAUUACAAAAUCAAAACUUUGCCUUUUCAUUCAUUCAUGCGUUUUUAGCGAUUGCGUUUGGAGGGUCUUUGCUUUGGGGUCAUGAUGUAUUAUAACGCCCGCACACAACCAGAAAGAUUAUGUCCAUACUAGUAUAAUUUGUAAUAUUUAAUCAAC